UCUGCGUUUCCCCAGAACUAAACGUUUACCCAUUAACUGAACCCGUUGAAAAUUGGUUACAUUUAAGUUAAUGAAGCGAAAACAAAAGGACAUCUAGAAGACAUUCUAAACGUUCCUUAUAUGGUUCUGACAUUUGCUAGAGUGUAACUUGCAACGUCGCUGAAACAACAACACACGGUACUUAGUUAAUCGGCAUAUCGCACCUUCCCUGUCUUUGGUCAUGGGAAUUAGCAGCCUCGCCCGCGCGCCUGCUAAGCCGGUGUGUCGGGAACGCGCGCGGUUUGUCCACCGUCUUUGGUCCACGCCAAUGCACUCAUCGCAAGUCUCAUUAAUAUCACUAUCAUCAGCCAUCUCCACGGGGUGCCUACUGAUCAUCCACGACCACUGAGGGAUGAAACGAAAAAGAGGGUGUGUCCGUCAUCACAGCAAUGAGUGAGUCGUCGUCCAUUCACUCUGCAAAGCUUGUUUCCUUGGCCCAUUCGCUCUCCGGACUUGGCCUCGACGCCGCCAAUGGAGGCCCCGCCGCUGUCAGCCUGCCUGACAAUGACGAGCCUCCUCCUCUGGAGUCCGGCAUCGACCUCGGUCCAGGGCUUUUCUUUGCCGACGGCAAGAGAAAGGUGGAUUAUGUGCUGUGUUACAAAUACAAAAAAAGGCGGGCAUCCAAGGGACGCCUCUCUAUUGCGUCCAACGGUAGCAUUCCAAUACCCAUACCGGGCUUGUGGGAAAUGGAUCCGGAGUCUGCAGACGCUGGAGGAGCUCCUUCAGGAGAUGCGGAGGAGUCAAAGCUCUCAGAGGAGGAGAAGGCUCUAAUAAGGGAGGAGUUUGAAGCUGGGCUGCUUGAAGCUGGACUCCAGCUAGAACGUGAUAAAGAGAGGGCAAACGGCAUAAGUUUCAUUAGGCUGCACAUCCCGUGGUCGAUACUCAGUCGAGAGGCGGAGCUUCAGAAGAUCAAAGUUGCUGUGAAAAAGAAGUGUGAAUUGCGGAAAAGGGCGGGCAUUGCAGGACUGUGGGACUCCUUUGUCACAAUAAUCAACACGCCCUUUCAGCCGGACGUCCCGGACUUUGACGUCCAUCAAGAACCGCAGACGCACACCUGUUUCAAAACGCUCAAGCACCCGUUCAUCAGAGACAAGCUCCACCUGUAUGACAUCACAUCCACAGAGACGGUCUUUGACAAUGCAACACGCAGCAGAAUCGUUGCAGAGAUUAUUUCACGCACAACCUGCAGACACACUUGCCAAACCACUGGCAUCAUGUCACUAGUAGCUCGGGAUGUCUACAUCUCCGCCUUCCCUUUGCAUGAUGGGUCGUUUUCCAGGAGAGGAUGUAAAGAUCAGCGAAAUGAUAGACAGGUCCUCCAUGACGAAUGGGCCAACUAUGGAGUCAUGCACAAAUACCAGCCUGUGGAUCUCAUCAGGAAGUACUUUGGGGAGCAGAUUGGCUUAUAUUUUGCCUGGUUGGGUGUUUAUACUCAGCUCCUCAUCCCUCCAUCAGUACUGGGCAUCAUUGUCUUCCUCUACGGCAUCUUUACUGUGGACACUAAUGUGCCAAGUCAGGAGACAUGUGAUGACAACCUGAACAUCACCAUGUGUCCGCUGUGUGACGGAGUGUGUGACUACUGGCAGCUGAGUACGGUGUGUUCGCUGGCUAAGGCAUCCUACCUGUUUGACAAUGGAGCUACGGUUCUCUUCGCUAUCUUCAUGUCUCUGUGGGCGGCCUGUUUCCAGGAGCACUGGAAAAGGCGACAGAUGUGUCUCAAACACACUUGGGACUUAACCAGCUUGGAGGACGAGGAGGAGCGGGUGCAGGAAGAGCUGAGGCCCGAAUACGAGGAGGCUUUGCAGGAGAAGAAGGAUAAAAUGAAAGCACAGCGGAAAAAGAAGCUGACUCAAAGUAGAGUUGGAGCCGAUGGAGAGAGGGACCAGAUGCUGGCCUUCCAGCAAGAGCCAGAGUCCUUGGACAUUGAGGAUCACCUGUCAGGUUACCUCAUCAACGUGUCCACAUUACUGUUUCUGGUGUUUGUCACAUUUUCUGCCGUGUUUGGGGUGGCAGUGUAUCGCAUCUGCAUGUUAAGUGUGUGGUCCAUGAAUCCCGAUCCCGAAGCCAAAGCUAGCGUGAGGAUGACAGUCACCACCACGGGCAUCAUCCUAAACAUGCUGGUCGUACUGGUGCUGGAGGAGGUCUAUGGAGCCAUUGCUGUGUGGCUGACCGAGCUGGAGCUUCCAAAGACGAAGGAAGAGUUUGAGGAGAGGUUGAUCUUCAAAUCUUUCUUCCUGAAAUCCAUGAACGCCUUUGCACCUAUUUUUUACGUGGCCUUCUUCAAGGGCAGGUUUUCCGGUCGGCCUGGCGACUACGUUUACGUCUUCAGCGACUACCGCAUGGAGGAGUGUGCACCUCCAGGCUGCCUCAUCGAGCUGUGCAUCCAGCUCAGCAUGAUUAUGCUGGGAAAGCAGCUCAUUCAAAACAAUGUCUUCGAGGUUCUCAUUCCUAAGUUGAAGAAGAUGUACAGAACCAUCCAAGAGCAAAAUGGCGAGGACGGAGGGGAGGAGUAUGAGAUGAGUGAAGCAGACGAAAAGAGAUCGAAACAACAGUUCCACAAAGAUUUUGCUCUGGAGCCCUUUGAGGGUGUCAGCCCGGAGUACAUGGAGAUGAUCAUCCAGUAUGGAUUUGUAUCUCUCUUUGUGGCCUCCUUCCCACUGGCGCCUGCAUUUGCUCUUCUCAACAAUGUCAUCGAGAUCCGACUGGAUGCUUCCAAGUUUGUGACGGAGAUCAGGCGGCCGGAUGCAGUGAGGUGUAAGGACAUAGGAAUAUGGUACAACAUUCUCUGUGGAAUCAGCAAGUUUUCUGUCAUUACGAAUGCAUUCGUUAUUUCCUUCACAUCAGAGUUUGUGCCACGCAUGGUCUACCAGUACAUUUACAGUGUCAACGGCACCAUGAAUGGAUACACGGAACACUCACUGUCCUACUUCAAUGUCACCAAUUUCCCGCCGGGCACUGCACCCAACACCACACUCGUCUCGUUGUGCAGGUACAAAGACUACAGGGACCCGCCAUGGGCACCAGAUCCCUACACCUUCUCUAAACAGUACUGGUCUGUUCUGGCAGCAAAACUGGCCUUUGUCAUAUUUUUCCAGAACCUGGCCAUGUUCCUCAGCAUGUUGGUAGCCUGGAUGAUCCCCGAUGUGCCAAACUCACUGCGGGAGCAGCUGAAGAAAGAGAGCAUGAUGCUGAUGGAGUUUCUGCUCAAUCAAGACCAGGAAGCGCAUGCUAAAUUGCUCUCAUCGCAACGCUCCAUCCCUUGCUUUCCCACCAACAUAGACAUUGUGGUGGAGGCACCCCCAGAGGAGCAAGAACCACAGCAGGACCAGGAGGAAGAGGAUGAGGAAGCAGCAGUUAAUGUCACGCUGGAGGAACCCAGUAGGAACAGUGACAGAGAUCCAGAGGUUGGGAAGUCAUUCGAAGAUGAUGGUGAAAGAGGAGAUGAAGAGCAAGGGUGUGAGGGAGAAGAUGAGGCGACAGAAAAGGCUGAGGAAGCGGAGGGAAUUCAAGGAAGUGAGACAGAGGAUGGAAAAAAUCGAAACGAUAGCAAACCUGAAAGAAAGGAGGAGGAAAAUGAUGCUGGGAUGACAGCCGAUGAGAAUGAGAGUGUGGAUCUGGACGCCCUUAUGAGCCAGUUGGGCCUCUUAGAUGACGAACCCUCAUUAAGCACAUUGCAAGAUGCAGAGAUACCACCAUCAAGCAACAAACAAGAUCAUCCAUCAAAUCCGCCAUCCAAAAGCGGUUCCAGCCAGAGCAGCUCCCUGGCAGAAAUAUCACCAUCCCAAAUUGACGCAAAGCUCUUUGCUCCCAUUGCUCCGCCACCCAGAGAGUCAGGCCCCAGGGCCAAGGCCCGCUGCUCCACCCUGCCUUCACGCCACCGAGGAGCCGAGGCCUGCUACAGCCUGCCCAGACCCAGCCACUCCAGCAGUCUCACCAAGUUCCAUCAGCAGGCUUCUCUCACCCCGCUGGUGCCCUUUGGAUCAUCACUAUCAGCCAACCCUUUCUCCACACAGGCAUCACCUUCAUCUCCACAUCCUGAAUCCCCACAGCAGCCCAAAAGCUGCAGCGAACUAUUCACCCUAAAGGGCCCUCCGCCUCAGCGGCCUCGCUCUAGGGGCAAAGGCCGUUGUUCCACCCUCCCCUCAAGACAAAGAGACCCCGGCUCAGAGGAGCACUCUACGAAGCCUAGCCAUUCUACCAGCUUCACAAAGCUGGGAGACAGAGUGCCCCCUUCCCCCAGUGAACUUAAACGCAACACACCAGUAUGAGAGGAGAUGGGAGGCAGCGGAAAAAGCCAGAGGGAGGGAAGGAUGAGGAGGAGGAGGACUAUCCAGAUUAUUAUCUUGUCUGUGCCUGGAGCCUCACCCCUGUUGGCCCUCCCUAUUUGCAUACAUAAUACCUGGGGUCUAAUCAGAGACCUCCAGACCCUCCUUAUCCUCUUAUUUUACAUAUGUAUAUCACAUAACAGGUUAGCAAUAAUCCUAACAGGGAUUGAAGCAGACAGUUCCGAGACAUCGACUGUAAUCCUCUGAUACAAGAGUCUUUUUAUCCUUUUUAUUUUUCUUCCUAUGUUUUUUUGAGUUUGUUUUUUGCCUAGGAAGGAAGCUAUAUCAAGCUCAGCUAGUUACGCUUGUAGAUCAUGUUUAUUUUUAGAGGUUUUGAUACAAAUAUGCAAAAUUAUAAUAAAAGAACAACAUAUUUUUA